UUAUAGCAUUAAAGUUGACAGAUAGAUGGAAAUCCUUUCAAAAUUUUUAUUUUCAAAUCCUACGGAAGAAUAUAGAGAGAUUAGGAACAAUUAUGAAAGAAUCGAGGGAAUCUAGGUUAAUUAAUGUGAAGAAACUUUUGUAGUUUACCUGGUGAUUUGUGAGAAUUCAGUGGUUUUGGGGGAGUGGGGAAAUGAGGGGACCUUCUACCUUUUAUCAGUGAGAUCCAACUGUAUAUUAAUUAAAUACCUAAUUUAUUUUAACCUUUCUUUAAAAAAAGGUUUAUGUUGUUUAUCACAAAGGAUUAAAAAAAGAAUAUGCUCUAAAAAUAAUGCAAAAACGGAGAAUUUGUAAAUAUAAAUUUGUUGAAAAUAUUCUCAAUGAACUAAAUUUACUUCAAGGAUUAACUCAUCCUUUUAUUUGUUCACUUUGGUAUGCAUUUCAGGAUUCCGACCAAAUUUAUAUGAUUAGUGAUUUACUGCCUGGAGGGGAUUUGGCUUAUCAUUUAAAAAAUCAGGGCCGUUUCUCCGAAUCUAGAGCUAAAUUAUUAUUUUGUGAAUUGGCAUUAGCACUUGAUUAUUUACAUAGACAAAGAAUUGGCCAUUUUGAUGUAAAGCCAGCAAAUAUUUUAUUAGACGAGAAAGGACAUUCACAUUUAAGUGAUUUUAGUUUAGCCAAAAAACUUUCAAAAGGAGAAUUAGCCAAUACACUUUCUGGCACCCAUCUUUAUAUGGCACCAGAAAUAUACCUCACUUUUACAGGCAAUAUUAAAGGGUAUGAUUGGAGAGUGGAUUGGUGGGCACUUGGUGUUUGUUUUUAUGAAAUGCUUCGUGGGCGUACUCCAUAUGAAUAUCCCUCAACUUUUUCUUCACUUCAGGUUCUUACUUUGGGACUUUUUUAUUAUCAAAAAACUUAA